AUGAAGUUUAAUGAUGUUAUUGAUCCUGUAGUACGCUGUAUUAAUUAUAUCCGAGCCAAAGCUCUUCAUCGAAGACAAUUCAGGGUUUUAUUUGAAGAAGAAAUCAAUGAAUUCGGUGAGUUACAUUUGUAUUGUGCUGUCCGCUGGUUAUCUAAGGGUGAAAUGCUGAAACAUUUUUUUCUUUUGCGGAGAGAGGUCUUGCAAUUUUUAGUAGAAAAGCAGGCAAUGCCUGAUGAGCGAGAUUUACUUGAAAGUGAAUCAUGGUUAUGCGAUCUUGCGUUUUUAAUAGAUAUUACACAGCACCUCAACAUACUUAACCGGAAGCUGCAAGGAAAGGACUGUUCGUUACCAAUAAUGUUCAAUUUGGUUUAUGGAUUUAAAGCGAAACUCUCCCUUUUUUUGACAAAUUUGACUAGAAAUAAUAUCGAUCAUUUUCCUACGCUUGUAGAUAUAAGAGGAAAACUAGAAAAUACUUCACCUGACAUCUCGAAAUAUCAAACACAAAUUCAAUUAUUGUUGCAGUCUUUUGAGAACAGAUUUCAGGAUUUUGAGAAGGACAAAAAUAAUAUUUUGUUUUUCAUGAACCCGUUUUCAAUCACUUACCGCGGCUCCUAA